AUGCAGUGGGGAACAUUCGUCCGGAACCGGAUUAAAGAGAUACGCGUACAUAGUAAACCGAACGAAUGGAGACACGUGCCCGGUGACUUAAAUCCCGCAGAUCUCCCGUCACGAGGUUGUACCCCCACGCAACUAGUGCAAUCAAACUGGUGGUUAGGCCCUACGUGGCUCCACAGGUUAGAAUCUGAUUGGCCCACGACACAAGGUGAGUUUAACGAAGAGGAAAUAAAAGGUGAAAGUAAGAAGUCGAUCUUAAUACACGCGGUUACCGCGGAAACUUCUAUUUUUAAAGUCGGCAGUCACUUUUCCUCUUAUAAUAAAUUAAUACGAUUCUUGGCGUGGAUGCAUAGAUUUUUCGCAAAUUGUAAAAGGGAAAACAUUAACGUGAAGCACGAAUUGCCUAAAAGAUCGUAUUUAUCCGAUGCAGAACGGAAAAAGUUACGCCUGACCCUGACAGAAAUAGUAGCAGCAGAAAUCAGAUUACUCAAAUACCUGCAAAACCAAAUGUUUACGAACAAAGAAAAGCUAUCCUCUUUUAGAUUAAUAAAAAGCGAGAACGGUUUAUAUGUCUUAAAGACUAAAAUCUUUAAUCGAACAGAUAAUCAUAAUUUCAUAUGUCCAGUACUUCUAGAUAGCAAUCACGAGAUAGUUUACAUGUUAGUAAAAGAAAUUCAUGAAGCUAUGGGUCACGCUGGAACGCAAAUUGUCAUGAACCACAUACGCGAAAGAUUCUGGAUUAUCUCCCUUCGAAAAACCAUAAAAUCUGUCAUAGCCAAUUGCAUGACAUGCAAAAGACAGAGAACGAAACGAAUGGAAUGUGAAACCCCCCCGUUACCCCCUCAUCGAGUCCGAGACACAACAGUUUUUGAAAUUACUGGCAUAGAUUUCGCUGGGCCUUUAAUUUUGCGGGGUGGGGGGAAGGCGUGGAUUUGCAUUUUCACAUGUGCCGUCUAUCGCGCUGUACAUUUCGAGCUAGCGUCGACAUUAUCCACUCAAGGUUUUUUAGAAUGCCUACGCAGAUUUAUAGCCAGACGCGGACGCCCACGCGUUAUACACAGUGACAACGGGACUAACUUUACCGGAGCGGCUAAUGCAUUGAGUAGAUUAGAUUGGCAAAGAAUCGCGAAGCAUAAUUCGGCAGUACAGAUUGAUUGGUAUUUCAACCCACCAGCAGCACCGUGGUGGGGUGGUUGGUGGGAGAGACUCGUGGGGAUUCUGAAAGCGUUACUACGGAAAAUACUAGGAAAGGCAAGUUUGUCAUAUGAAAGUCUGAACACGAUUCUGUGCGACGCGGAAGCAAUAAUCAACACGCGCCCUUUGACAUACAUGUCAGAAGAUCCUGAUGAUCUCAAGCCAUUGUCACCGUCAAUGUUUUUACAGGAGAAUCGAGAGUACGGUGUUCCAGACUGCGACAUGUUAUACCGCGUAAAGUUAGACAAAAAAUUCAAGCACAGGCAAAAGAUUCUCCAAGAUCUCCGGAAGAGAUUUCGUACCGAAUAUUUAGGUCAAUUAUUACUAAAAAACGGAAAAAAGAAAGAGACGCGUAAGAUAAGAAUCGGCGAUGUCGUUUUGAUUGGCGACGAUACGCAUAAACGUAUAGAUUGGCCGCUUGCACGUGUAGUAGACGCAAUUCCGAGCCGCGACGGUCAAGAAAGAGUAUUCGUUUUAAAAACAAAAAAUGGUCUGUUUAAGAGAGCUGUACAAAGAAUAUAUCCGUUGGAAAUUGUGCAGGAAGAAUCGAGAGAUUUUAGUAAGGACUUAUGUAAGCAAAGAGGAUUCAAGAAAACUAGCGAUAGAGCGAACUGUACUUCUAGCGAGCCACCUGCGUGUGAGCAGAAGGACCACGGUUCACAGAUUGUAACCACGCGAAGUGGACGUAUUAGUAAGAAACCGAUGCGACUCGAGUACUAG